UGGCCCUACGAACUCCAUUACCCAUGAUACAACGCGUCAUCCGGCGGCGACGUUUCCGUGCGGCGUCAUCAGCCGAGUGUGCGUGGGUUUCACUCUUCAACAAAUCCUGCUGAAGUUACAGCAUAUAGAUCAGAAUGACGGAACGCAAAGGAACAGCGAAACUUGACUUCUUGAGGAAGAUCGAGGAGGAGGUUCAGCAGAAAUGGGAGCAGGAGAAGAUUUUCGAGACUGAUGCUCCAGCCACCUCUGAGGAAAAUACAAAUGAGAACAAGUACUUUGUUACGUUUCCUUACCCAUACAUGAAUGGGAGACUUCACCUUGGACAUACGUUCUGCCUGUCGAAGUGUGAGUUUGCAGUGGGUUACCAGCGGCUGAAAGGAAAGCAGUGUCUUUUCCCAUUCGGACUUCACUGCACUGGGAUGCCCAUCAAAGCAUGUGCAGACAAGCUGAAGAGAGAAAUGGAGCUGUAUGGAAACCCGCCGCAAUUCCCUGAGGAAGAGGAAGAGGAGGAAGAGCAGAAGAAGAUCACCGACGAGGUCAUCAUCAAGGACAAGUCAAAGGGCAAGAAGAGCAAAGCUGUAGCAAAGUCUGGAAGCGCCAAGUUCCAGUGGGACAUCAUGAAGUCUCUGGGGCUGCGGGACGAAGAAAUCGUCAAGUUUGCUGAUGCUGAACAUUGGCUGGAAUAUUUCCCUCCUCUCGCUGUAGAAGACCUGAAGAAAAUGGGUUUAAAGGCUGACUGGCGUCGUUCCUUCAUCACGACCGAUGUUAACCCUUUCUACGACUCUUUUGUGAGGUGGCAGUACAUCACUCUGAAAGAGAGAAAAAAGAUCAAGUUUGGGAAAAGGUACACCAUUUACUCUCCCAAAGAUGGUCAGCCCUGCAUGGACCAUGACCGACAGACAGGAGAGGGAGUUGGGCCUCAAGAGUACACCCUGAUUAAAAUGAAGAUUGUGGAACCUUACCCAGCAAAACUGAGUGGCCUUAAAGGCAAGAAUGUUUUUCUGGUGGCUGCGACUCUGAGGCCUGAAACCAUGUUUGGUCAGACAAAUUGCUGGAUUCGUCCAGAUUUGAAGUACAUUAUAUUUGAGACGGCCAGCGGUGAGCUGUUCAUCAGCACGCAGCGGUCAGCCAGGAACAUGUCCUACCAGGGCUUCACCAAAGAGAACGGAGUGGUUCCUGUCAUCAUGAACAUCAUGGGCCAGGACAUCCUCGGCUGUGCAUUGAGUGCCCCCCUCACCUCAUACAAGACCAUUUAUGCCCUGCCAAUGCUCACCAUUAAAGAAGACAAAGGAACUGGAGUCGUCACCAGUGUUCCGUCAGAUGCUCCUGAUGACAUCGCUGCUCUGAGGGAUAUUAAAAAGAAACAGGCUUUGAGAGAGAAGUAUGGAAUUCAAGAUUAUAUGGUUCUACCGUUUGAGCCGGUACCCAUCAUUGAGAUUCCAGGUUAUGGAAACCUGUCGGCUCCUCUGGUUUGUGAUGAACUGAAGAUCCAAAGCCAGAAUGACAGAGAGAAACUGGCUGAGGCCAAAGAGAAGGUCUACCUCAAGGGCUUUUACGAGGGGAUCAUGUUAGUGGAGGGUUUCAAGGGACAGAAGGUCCAGGAUGUUAAGAAGCCCAUUCAGAAGAUGAUGGUGGAGAAGGGUGAGGCGAUGAUUUACAUGGAGCCGGAGAAGCAGGUGUUAUCUCGUUCUGCAGACGAGUGUGUUGUGGCAUUGUGUGAUCAAUGGUCAGUGCAGAAAACACUCUCAUACAGAUGCUACAUACUUUUUUUUAUCUCAAAACGCAUGAUGUUCUGUGAUGAAACCAGGAAGAACUUUGAAGCAACAUUGGCUUGGCUUCAGGAACAUGCCUGCUCCAGAUCGUAUGGGCUAGGAACCCGGUUGCCAUGGGAUGAACAAUGGCUCAUUGAGUCCCUGUCGGACUCCACCAUCUAUAUGGCUUACUACACCGUGGCACAUCUCCUCCAGGGAGGGGUCCUCAACGGACAGGGACCCUCGCCAUUGGGAAUCAGAGCCGAGCAGAUGACGAGGGAGGUGUGGGAUUACAUCUUCUUCAAAACAACACCUUUCCCAAAGACGGACAUCCCUAAGGAGAAGCUGCAGAAGCUCAGGAGGGAGUUUGAGUUCUGGUACCCUGUAGAUGUGAGAGUAUCAGGGAAAGAUCUGGUGCCAAACCACCUCUCCUAUUACCUCUACAAUCAUGUGGCCAUGUGGCCCGAUGACCGUGGCAAAUGGCCAAAAGCAGUACGUGCCAAUGGUCAUCUUUUGCUAAACUCUGAAAAGAUGUCCAAAUCCACUGGCAACUUUCUCACUUUGAGUCAAGCCAUUGCCAAGUUUUCAGCAGAUGGUAUGCGUUUGGCUCUGGCUGAUGCUGGGGAUACGGUGGAGGAUGCUAACUUCGUCGAGGCCAUGGCAGAUGCGGGAAUAUUGCGUCUCUUUACCUGGGUGGAGUGGGUGAAAGAGAUGAUCGCCAAUCAGAACAACCUGAGGACCGGACCAGCGGACACGUUUAAUGACAGAGUAUUUAUUAGUGAAAUGAAUUCCAGCAUCAUUAAAACAGAGCAGCACUUUGAGAGAAUGAUGUACAAAGAGGCAUUGAAGAGCGGUUUCUUUGAGUUCCAGGCCGCCAAGGAUAAAUACAGGGAGUUGGCCAUCGAGGGCAUGCACAGGGAUCUUGUGUUCCAGUUUAUCGAGAACCAGACACUCCUGCUGGCUCCCAUCUGCCCCCACCUGUGUGAACACACCUGGUCCCUGCUGGGGAAGAGCAGUUCUAUAAUGAAGGCUCGCUGGCCUACAGCCGGUCCAGUGGAUGAGAUCUUGAUUCGAUCCUCACAGUAUUUGAUGGACACUGCCCAUGACCUCCGUCUUCGCCUGAAAGCUUACACACAACCGGCCAAGGCCAAGAAGGGAGACAACAAACCACCAGCUAAGCCCACACACUGCACCAUCUACGUAGCAAAGACUUACCCGCCGUGGCAGCACAGCGCCCUCUCUCUGCUGGGCAAACAUUACAAGAGCAACAAUGGAGCUCUUCCUGACAAUAAGGUCAUCGCCAUGGAGCUGGGUGCCAUGCCGGAGCUGAAGAAAUACAUGAAGAGAGUGAUGCCCUUUGUAGCCAUGAUAAAGGACAACCUAGAGAAAAACGGGCCCAGGGUUCUUGAUCUAGAGCUGGAGUUUGACGAGUGUGCUGUGCUACUGGAGAACAUCGUUUAUUUGACUAAUUCACUUGAGCUGGAUCAGACAGACGUUGUGUUCGCCUCAGAAGCGGAUGACAAAGUGAAGGAGGACUGUUGCCCUGGGAAACCGUUCUGUGUCUUCAGAUGCGAGCCUGGAGUGUUAGUGUCACUGGUGAACCCUCAGCCAGCCAACGGUCUGUUCUCCACCAGGAUUGACAUCCGACAGGGAGACAGCAAAGACAGCAUCAUCCGCAGACUAUCCCGCGUCAACAGAGGCAUCAAGGAUUUAUCCAAAGUGAAGCUGAUGCGUUUCGAGGACCCACUCCUUGGACCUCGGAGAAUCCCAGUUUUGGGGAAGGAAGAGGAGGGUAAGAUGCCCAUCUCAAACAGUUCAGUCUUCCACAUCAACCUGCAAGAAAACAAAGUUCAUAUGAGUGAUAACGGCCUGAAAAUGGACAUCGGGGACACUUUACUAUACCUGGUCCAGUGAUAUCUGAGACGUACAAGUAGUUUUUUAUUUUUUUGUUACAAGUUUUGUUUUUUUGUUUUUUUGCCGCUCCCCCCAUAUAAUUAUGUUGACAUACAUCUGCAAACAGUGUUGAUGAUAUUGACUGCUUAAUUUAUCUGCCAUUUAGUCUCAGUGCAUCAAGUGAACUCCUCUCUCUGCAUUUGGUAAGCGUUCUGUUUAAGGGUCUGCAGUGUCUGUAUAACAUCCAUGAUAUAUUUCUAUCCAUUUUCUAGCUUUUUAAGUAGUAAAAGAGUACUGUAUACUCCAUUCAUACACAUACAUGGCAUUGGAAAUAUUCAUAAUUGGUGGAAAUGUGACAUUUGAGGGUCUUAUCGUACUUUCAAAAUGUUUAUAACAGUCUAUUGGUUUUCACUUGAAUUUAUUUUUAAAAUCCGUCCGUUGUUUUAAAUAGUUUGCAUACAGCUACAGUAGUCCAAUUCAGGAUGUUGUCUUUUCACUGUAAAACCUUAAAAGGAAGCUUUGUUUUCUUCCUUACUUCCCCCUGUAAAAUGAUAUGUAUUCAGUAAACACUUAAUAAAUUAAUGCAAGUGAAAUUUAUAUUCGUUUCCUUUUUUUUUUUUUUAACUACAUAAAUGCCAAUCUGGAUCAUUAUCGAGAAUUGCUGGCAUUUUCAUCCUCAUUACUUGGUGCUGAUAUAAUUAAUAAGAAAAAUGCCACAUACUGAAGUUAAUCUCAGUAUUAUUUAGAUAUAAUAAACUAUCACUUGAAUUAAAUAGCUAGCCAUUUAUUCAUCACUGUUACACUUUGUUUAUAUUUCUAAGAAUAUAGGUAAAAACAAAUGCUACCAACAACAACAGAAAAACAAAAUUAACAACUUUUUUCUUUUAAAUUGAAUUCAAAAUAAGUAUUUUUUUUCUGUUUCAUGUACUUUAUGAUAAAAUAUAGAAUGUUUCUUUGUCCCAGCACUUUCUUGUCAACCUGUUAUGCAUAUCUUAACUACUUGUAACUACUUGUUUGUGACAGUGACAUUAAGAAAGACUUACUUUCUCUGUGUUAUAACAACAAAAUUUUUACUGCAAGGUUUUUUUUUUCUUUCCCCUCUGUUAAUUUAUGAGUUGGAUCUGGUAGGUGUUUUUUAUUAUUAUUAUUAAGAAAUGAAUACUUUUAUUCUGCAUGGAUGCAUUAAUUUGAACAAAUAAUAUCAAAGUAUCUCAAUUUCAAAUAAAUGAAUGCAAAAAAAAAAAAAAUGAGCAGCAAAUUGGCAUAUUAGAAUGAUUUCUGAAGAAUCGUGUGACACUGGAAUAAUGCUACUGAAAAUUAAUCAUUGCAUCAAAGGAACAAUAUGUAUGUAUGCAUGUAUGCAAAAAAAAAUAAUAAAUAAAUGUAUGCAUUGCUAA